AUGUUUUUCAUUACCACAUGUGUAGGUCCUUUAUCACUUGACAAUGUUAUGCAGGAAAAAAGAAUUGGUCUAGCAAGUUGCCUAUAUGUAGAAUGCCAUUACUGUGGAAGGCCAAACAUAAUCAGCACUUCAGAUAAACACCGCACAGGAAAGUAUGGUCCAUUAACAUAUGAUAUAAAUUCUCGGGUAGCACUUGGUGCACUGCAUGUUGGAAUAGGUCAAACACAUGUUAACAAUUUCCUCACAUCCAUAAAUAUUCCACCUUUGAACAAUGUCACAUUCAAAAAGAAAGAACGGGAAGUUGGGCGUGCUAUUGAAUCACUUGCUUCAACCAGCUGUAAAGAAAAUCUACAAAAAGAAAAAGAAAAUGCAAUUUCAAAUAACAUACAGGCAGAUAGCAAUGGGCUGAUUGGGUUCCCAGUGUCAUAUGACAUGGGUUGGCAAAAACGGGGAAAGGGGCACAAUUCUCUGACAGGACAAGGCGCAGCCAUGGGACUGACAACAGGGAAUGUCCUAGCAUAUUCAACAAGGUGUAAACAAUGUAGAAUUUGUGAUCAUGCAAAGAAGGAGGGAAAAUCAGUAAGAACACAUGACUGUAGAAAAAACCACACUGGGUCAUCUAAGUCAAUGGAAUCAAGUGUUGCCUGUGAGCUUUGGAAUGAUGCACCAAAAGACCAUGUGAAGUUCUCAACCUAUGUUGGUGAUGAUGACACAACAACACUAUCGCAUCUCACUGAAAAUGUUCCCUAUGGGGUGGAAAAAUGGUCAGACAUAAUACAUGCAAAAAGAUCACUUGCAACUAGGCUGUAUAAUCUUUCAUCUAGCAGCAAAUUCCAAGACUCCUCUGUUUUAAGUCAAAAAGUAAUUAACUAUUUGACAAAGUGUUUUUCAUACUGCAUUGCACAAAACUCCAAUGCAGAUAAUUUGAAAUUGGCACUAAAAUGCAUUGUGCCUCAUGCUUUUGGUGAGCAUCAACUUUGCAAUGACUCUUGGUGUGGUUACAAGAAAGAUCCGUCAACAUACAAACACCACAGUCUUCCAAAUGGUAAAGAUUUACAUGGUGCAAAUCUAAAACAAGCAUUAUCCAGGUUGUUUGAGGAAUAUGCCACUGAUAUUGUAGUGAAAAAGCUAGUACCAUUUGCAAAUUCUCAAAGAAAUGAGUCAUUUAACAAUAUUGUCAGCAGCAAAAAUCCUAAGACACAUUUUUAUGGAGGCAGUGAGAGCAAUGAUUAUAGAGUUGCAUGUGCAGUUGCACAAAAAAACAUUGGUUAUUUGUAUGUGUCAAGGACAUUGCAAGCUCUUGGUAUAGAUCCUGGAGAAAAUUGCAUUGCACAUGGCAUAGUGAUGGAUAAAAAACAUGCUAGUGAUAUGGUUAGAAAAUCAAAAAAAGAAUUCAAGGUAAGAAGGCACCAAUUGCAAACCCAAAGACUGUCUAAGAAUACAAAACGAGAGGCCAAGGAAGGACAAACAUAUCAAACAGGGAUUGGCUUAAAUUUAGAUACUUCAGGAAAGAAAGAAAACAAAAAACAAACAAAGGGUACUCUCACUGUUCUGGGAGUCGACCCAUCGAAAAUAACAAUGGAGGAACGUUUAGAAUUUGAAAAACUGGUUCCCAGAUUUACUCAAAGGCCUACCAAACUAAGUCAGCGUUUUGAUUCAUCUGUGGCAUACAAUUUUAUAUUUUUUGACCUGGAAACCACUGCAACUGGAAGGACUGCUGAGAUUUGCCAGCUAUCAGCAAAAAGUCAAAAUGGGAAUGCAUUAUCAAAGUACAUUCUUCCAGCAAGAGAUAUCAGCCCAGGGGCAUCCAGAGUAAAUGAUUUAACUGUUCAGUAUAUACAUGGUAAAAGAGUUUUAUGCAAAAAUGCUUACCCGGUUAAUUCUGUUUCACUUGGCGAUGCUCUUUCAUCAUUUGUCGAAUUCAUUCGCUGUUGUAUAAACACUGUGGUUGUUCCAAACAGCAAAACAAUACUCCUUGGCCAUAACUCAUCAACAUUCGACAUCCCAACACUUUUCCGUAGCUCUGAUAACUCGUUCAAAGACCAGCUUACUGAAAUGAAUGUCUACUUAGGGGACACACUGCCACUAACACGAUCAUUGAUCAAGAACAAACAUGCAUCGUUAAAGCAAGAAAAUGGUGAAUUUUGCAAGGCAAAUUUAUGUAGCCUUUACGAGUGUUUGUUCAAAAAAGAAUUCGCUGCCCAUGACGCUUUAGAGGAUGUCACUGCCCAUGGAAGAUUUUCUUGGGACCAGAAAUUGAUAUCAACACCGAAACAUUGA